AUGCCUGCAAAAAAAGUUACCUCAACUACUCAAAGUUCUUCAUCAGCCAAUAAAUCCAACUCAAAACCGGUGACGUCGUCAUCAAAAGUCAUUGCGACGAAGACAACUGACGUAGCGUCAGCUCCAGCUACGGAUAAACCAGAAAAGAAAAUCAUUAAAUAUGCUCAAAUGAAGGAAGUUAUACCCAGUGAGAUGGCGAAAUUACGUGAUUUGACAAAAUGGCCUAUUAUUGUCGAUGAAAUUGGUGAGUAA